GAUAUGAUCAACCCACCAAUCCUUCGAUCUCUGUUCGACGUGGAGUCUGGAAAGCCGCAGCACUUUCAGCAAUCUCUAAAAUGGGCACUUGUUCUUGGAGUGAUUCUUGCAUUUGUGUUGGGUGCUGCAAUGGGAGCCAACGAUGUUGCAAAUGCUUUUGGUACAUCGGUUGGAAGUGGAACUCUGACACUGGUUCAAGCUUACACACUGGCUACAAUAUUUGAAACGCUUGGAGCAGUGUUAGUAGGCUGGUCAGUUACUGACACUCUGAGGAAAGGCGUGGUGGAUACAGCUGUAUAUGCAGAUGCACCGCAAGAUCUGUUUUUUGGCCAAAUAGCCGCUCUUGGAGGAUCUUCCAUGUGGCUAGUGCUGGCAACAUUUUGUGGCUUUCCAGUUUCCACCACACAUUCGCUUGUUGGAGGAACUCUCGGUUAUUCUAUUGUGCUCCGUGGAAAGCGAGGGAUUAACUGGGGGAAACUUGGUCUAGUCGUGAUGUCAUGGGUUACUUCACCGCUCACAUCGGGAAUAUUUUCCAUUUCCAUCUAUACUAUCAUCGACCUGCUCGUUGUGAAAAGGGAAGAUCCGUAUGAGAGCGGAUUGCAAAUGAUACCCAUUUUUUACUUCAUAUGUAUAGGAUUCAAUGUAUUCAUAGUAGUGUGGAGAGGAUCAAAAGGCAAGUUAAGAACAUUCACUGAGUGCAACGAAAUAAAAGGAGUGGGAAUGCAGAAAACUAAGGAUUCAGGACCACGUGAGCUUCUGAAGUGGAUACGUCCGGAUCCAUCACUGGCUGACGAUUCUGAUACUGGCCGACUUUUCAGUGCUAUUCAAGUAUUUACAGCAUGCUUUGCUGGAUUCGCUCAUGGAGCGCAAGAUGUAAGCAAUUCGGUAGCACCAAUUGCUGCUCUACUCUCGAUCUAUUCAAACAAGAGUGCACUUCAGAAGGAAGAGGUUCCCAUAUAUGUUCUGCUAUAUGGUGUGGUGGCAAUAUGCGUAGGUCUGUGGACUUUUGGUCAUCGUGUGAUAGCCACAGUUGGGGAGAAGGUCGCAUACAUAAAUCCUGCCAGUGGUUUUACAAUCGAGUUUGGAGCUGCAGCAACGUCAAUUCUAGCUAGUCGGCUUGGCCUUCCCAUCAGUACUACCCACUGUUUGGUGGGAUCAGUGAUAGCAGUAGGAAGCCUGCGAGUUAACGAACCUGUCAAGUGGGCAUUAUUGAGGAACAUUAUAAUAUCCUGGGUAGUCACUAUUCCAGUGUCAGGCAUAAUAUCCGCAGGAAUUAUGCUGAUGCUUCGACUGGUUGCGUAA